AUGGUAUAUACAAGUCAUAUAAACGCCGGUUUAUCAGAACGCCAAAUCGCUAGAAAUUUAGGAAUUAGCAAAUCUACUGUACACCGCGUUUAUUACCUUUUUAAAAAAUACGGAUGUGUAAAAAAUAUUUUAACUUUGCGUGGAAGACCAAGAAUUUUUGGAAAUGAUGAUAUGAAAUAUCUUGAAGUACUUCUCAAAGAAAAAAGAGCAAUACAUCGCCUUGGAUAUACACAUAAACAAUUAUCUAAACCCGCCCAGGAGAGGAAAGAAAAUGAACGUGCAGAAUUUAUUUUACGUAUAUCUCAUGAACAUUGUGCAAGAAAAGCUACAUUUUUUAUUAGAGGACAGAAAUUUACAAUUGAAGGUGCAUUGUGUGUAAAUGGCCUAUUAGCAUAUAGCAUUCAAGAAGGAUUGAUGAAAUCUAAUGAUUAUGAAUAUUUUAUUGAAAAUAUUUUG